AUGGUGGCAUUCGCCCUGGGACUGGGUAAUUAUACAGCAAAGCAACUUGAAGACACGGAUAUUUUAGUCGCUGCUUUCUCCGCAGCACAUAAGGCCUUGUUCUCGAUUGCCAUCUCGAAACUAGUCAUCAACAGUACCGACUACCAAACCGGCAUAUCAACAUUCAACGUAUCAGGUAUAUUGUGCCGAAAGGCACAUUUCAAAUUGUCAAGGGAUCCUGAUAGCCUGGGAAAGAUGAUACUAAUAUUUAAAGAACAUGAGACCGUCCUGAGACAAUUCUCGCUAUUGGACCAGCUCUCAGCGGAUGGGUUGAGGGAAUCAAUUGGCUGUAAGCGGUACAGACUCAGCGACUGUGGAGACGCAAUUGAGUUCGUGUCUGACGAAGAAAAGGGUGAACCAGUUCAUCCGAAGCUUGGAGUUCUACAACACACCGCCCAAGAUCCGCAGCCUAAGCCUCUGAGGCUUACCGAACUGCGGCUCGGGACUGGUGUGUUGAUUGUUACAGCAUUGGCAGCUGGGAUGGCAAUAUUGAUUUAUCUCAAAUCUCAAGAAGUCUCGCUCGGAGGUCUUCCACGGCCGUCUGAGAAGUUUGAGGUGCUGCAGAUACUCGAGAACUAUAUUCCGACCAUAUACGCGACUUCUCUUGCACCGUUCUGGGCCCUUCUGACCCUCGACAUUUUCGCAGUUGCACUUGGCGGUAUUUUCAAUGAGUCAACUGUUCAAGUCCAGUACCCGGUUCUGUUCAGUCAAGAACGGCAAUUACUACCCGUAAGAGAGACUCUAAUACCAGACAGACGAGGUGCCUACGUGUCUACAGGAUACGGCGAUCAUUUUGAAGUUCUCUUCAACAAUCUCUCGAUCCAUACUGACCCUCCUUCCUGGACUACCCCUGUUGCUUAUUUCCUCCCAUUCUCUGAAAACACAAGCGUACACGGCUCCACAGAUGAGUUACGGGCAACAACAAAAGGCAUCUCCGCUGAGCCAAAUUGCGCAGCCCUUUCGACCAGUCCAACUUCCAAUCCAGGUGUGGAUGUUGUAGUAAACGCAACUACUCAACGGUUAUCCCUGACUUAUGAGCUACCUGAUGGGCCGAAGAUCUGUGGCCUGGCUGGUGACCUUGUCCUUGGCAACCUCGCUGGACUCAAAGCCAUGGAGAGACAAGCAGGCAAUUCAACUCUACAUAUAGGGUUGGAGGUGUUCAAAAUGCUCUCCGGAGCAUUUUCUCAGCCUAACAGCAGUCCAAGCGAGACUUUCUGCUCACAAAAGUUAAUAGCUGCUUGGAUCAGAGUAAAUGUCACAGGAUCCGGCAACACACAGUCUCCUGUCGCGUCGACUCUAAUCCACUGUCAGCCCACAAUCCUGACAGCUCUAUACGACGUCACAGUGAAUUCCCGAGGCCAAGUGACACAUUACCGCAGGAUGGGUGACUUUGAGGAGUUGAUGCUUUCCCCAAACAACCGAACGUUAUCCCUUCGGGAUGAGGUCAUGUCCAGUUUUCAAACAGGGUACACGGGUACUUUCCACAACACAACAUUCAACACGAACUGGAUGAGCGCCUUCUUAAGCUACGUGCUGAACUCGACAUCACACAUCGACCCACUGGAGGCGGUACCAGCUGCAGAUGUUAUGCUCCCAGCCCUCGAAAGCGUGUACCGCCAGCUGGGUGCGGUGAUGUUCGGGUUGAACCCGAGCUUUUGGAACUCCACGCCAGAUGGAACGGCCCUGGUUCAGGGGCACGUAGUAAGGAAAGAAAUCAGGAUAUUCAUGUCCAGAGAAGCGGUCUGGGUCAGUGUGGCGAUCCUGGGCACCUACAUCGUCGUCGCUCUUUUCGUCUACGUCAAGGGUCUCGGGGUCACGUUUCCACGCAUGCCGUCAACCAUUGGGUCUGUCCUCACUUAUGUAGCAGCCAGCCAGGCAGUGAGGGAGUACGAGAAUCCAACUGCAGGGUAUCAGAAGAGUGGCAGAGUGAGGACCUACACGUUUGGCACAUUCAUCGGGUGUGAUGGGAAGCCGCACGUCGGUAUUGAAGCCGAUCCGUUUGUGCUCCCACUCAAGAAAGAACCUCGACGCCUAGCAUUCAGCCAAAAGAACCAGUAUGAUCACCCAGCGUGGAUUUAA